GACUACAAUGCACCACGGCAAAUUUCUUCCUGGUUAAGUCCAAAGAAUAGCUUCAAGAGAACAUAACAGGUCCCUGGAAGCAGCCAAACUGUCAGACACUGUUGCUAGCACACGCUCGCUCGUGGCUCGCCUCGCUCCACAUUUCCUGCGUAGCUUGAAGAAGGAGGAGGAGAGAAGUACUUGAAAGAAUGAACUCAAACUUAGAGACUGAAGGUAGUAGAGACCUAGCCUUCUCCUAGGUUGUGUGUGCGGGACUAUACAAGUGAUGCUGUGUAGGAGCGCUCUCUUAACCCAACUUUAGUUUUUGUUUUGAAUUUUUUCUUGUCAGUUUUUUUCAAUGAUGAGACGGGACCGUUUUUUCAUAGCUACUCUUGCUGCCAUCUUCUCAGCUGACCUCUACUUUGUCUUGAUUCCAAAAUUACGGACUUUCAGUCAUGGUUUUGGACAAUCAUGCUCGUGCCAGCACAAUAACAUCACUUUACCAGGACAACGAGGCCUGGCACUGCCCAUGCUUUUCAACUGGACUGUUAAACCACCUUUGGAAAUGAUUCCAGAUAAAAAGGAGGAAGAUGUGGGGUCCAAAUUGGAGAGACUGUUCGCUCAUCCGCUUUACAACAUCCAGGCACCUGCACUGGAGGCAGGAGAGAGGCUACUGGAAGUGGAGCAGCUGAUGGACUACUACCAGAAGAAAGUGUCCAGAUGGGAGAGGCAUAUGAAAUUGUACAGUGAGGCCGCAGCCAUCGCAAACAUCUCCGUGACCACACAUGAAGCGACCUUUGACCCUGACGCCAGUUGGGUCAAAUUUCACCUAGGAAUUAACCGCUAUGCCUUGUACUCCAGAGACGACCCCUCAAUAUCACAGCUCCUCGAAGACAUGAAAUCAAUGGAGAUCAUCAAUGCAGAUUACACUCAAGACGAGAAAGCUUUAAAAGGAGCCUGUGACUGUACACAAGUGGUGAAGCCCAGUGGACACCACCUGAAGCUGGCUUUGAAGAUGCACAACUUUGCCAAAGUCAUGUUCAAGCCAAUGAGGCAGGAGAGACAUGAGGAGACACCAGAAGACUUAUUCUACUUUGUCGACUUUCAGAGACAUAACGCAGAGAUCGCUGCCUUUCACCUGGACAGGAUCCUGGACUUCCGCAGAGUGCCCCCGGUGGUGGGCAGACUGGUGAAUAUCACAGGAGAAGUCCUCCAACUAACCCAAAACGAGGACCUUCGAACUGUGUUCUUUACUUCCCCUGCCAACAACACAUGCUUCUUUGCCAAAUGCCUGUACGUGUGUAAGACAGAGUAUGCUGUGUGCGGGGGUCCUGACCUGGUCGAGGGGUCCCUCUCUGCCUACCUGCCUGGACUGAGCAUCGCACCAAGACUGUCCAUACCCAACCCCUGGAUACGCUCCUAUACCUUCACUGGACAAGAAGAGUGGGAGGUGAAUCCGUUUUAUUGCGACACCAUUAAGCAGAUGCAACCUUAUAACACAGGGAAUCGUCUCCUCAACAUCAUAGACAUGGCCAUCUUUGAUUUUCUCAUAGGAAACAUGGACAGACACCACUAUGAAAUCUUUACCAAAUUUGGGGAUGAAGGAUUUUUGCUUCACUUGGACAAUGCCAGAGGAUUUGGAAAACACUCUCAUGAUGAAAUGUCCAUCCUGGCCCCACUCACACAAUGCUGCAUGAUAAAGCGCUCCACCCUGGUCCGCCUGCAGCUCCUGUCGCGCCCUAAUUUCAGACUCAGUAACGUCAUGAGAGAAUCCCUAGAGAGAGACCCCCUGCACCCCAUCCUGACCGAAGCCCACCUGCUGGCUCUGGACCGCCGCCUCCACAAAGUGCUCAAGGCCAUACAGCGCUGUGUCCGGAGGCUGGGAGACGACCAGGUCAUCACCACAGACUUCAUCAAAUCUACCCUUGGACCCCAGGCAGUCCCACCGACCAUCACACAGAUCAAAUCAGCCAGGUAACGAAGACUGUAAGGGCCAAGGAAGCGCCGCCCUGUGAGCAAACAAGUCCCAUGUGGUUGAGGUUUAAUGAACGAGCCGUAAAAGGGAAGAGAAUGGAGACUGUGAAGCAGCUUUGUGGCCUGCGCAGACAGAGAGAGGGCGAGGGAAGCCAUGCCUUGUUUUAAUGUGGCCAGAUAAUUCCCCAAGGGUGCACUUUAUGGUACUUGUCUCACUUUUCAUGUAUGCAUAGAUGAGGGUAGAAGUCAUAACAAAGCUUGAUUCAUUAACUUAUGCCCAGACAAUAAAAUACAAAAAAGUGGCUAGGAACGAGAAAAAAAAAACAUUUCAGUAGAAAAUCUAAACUACAGUUAUUCUCCUAAUGGUAUGGAAUCCAGUAUAGCAUUGCCAGGACGGGAUUUAAACUAGAGAUAAUCUAGUCAAGGUGUAAAUUAAUUGUUCACAAAUUAGUAUUUACAUUUCAUUUCAAAUUUCAAAAGUACAUCACUUAAAGCAACACAUGCAACAGCGGGUGUGGCACAUCACCUGCAAGAUCCCAUAGAAAUACAAAAUUAACAUUCUCCAUGGUGAUAUAUACAUUUUAUGUCCUUCUGUGGCCUGUACAUGGGCCAUGUGGAUGAUCUUGGUGUCUAAGUGAAGCUAAGACAGUGCUUUCUGUCUGGUGUUAAAUAAUGACAUUAUAUAACAUUAGCAAUAAGUACACUAGACUCAAACACAACCCUUUUAAUUCUGCCUGACAAAAAUAUAGAAUUAAAACUUAAAAUUGCCUUUUAAACUUUGGAUGUACUUUCUGAGAAACCAAGGAAUUGUAAAAAACAACUUGAGGUCAUCACUUGUGCAAAAUUUGGUGCAGAUAAAACUAAAUAUGUAAACUUUACACUAUUUUUAGUAGGAAAAGGUCCAGGUGUCCUGAGCCAGUCCGGUCCCCAUGUGCUGCCCAUGUGCCAAUUGGCAUCAUCAGAUUUUGUCAGAAUAAAUAAUUUAUUGAGAUAAAAACAAAUUUUGGUACACAAGGUCAGUAAAUUAAAUAUUUUCAAACAAUUUAUGUCACAAUUUGACCCAUAAUGAACUUGGUUUUGAUUUGUCUAAAUCAAUUUAAAAAAAAAAAUGAGAAGAAUUAGUCAAUUAGAUUUCAUAAUACCCAUUUUGUGCUGCUAGAGUGACAAAUAGGCACUUUCUCCUUUCUCCUAGAAAUGUUUUGCUGGAAUGUUUUUGUACAUUUACAUGGUACAUGGCAAUGAUGCUAAUGCUAACACUAGCAAAAUGGCUGCCAGCAAGCAGCAAGUGAGGGCGGGGCCACAGGGGGCUGGGAGGGGCCACAAGCUGAAAACAUGCAUCAGAGUAUCUCCAACUGUGGGAAUUAUUAUUUGUAUGCCUGGUUUAGCCAAAACAUUGAGUUUUAAGUAUGGGGAACCAACUUUUAAUGGAAAAACAGCAAAGGGGAAACAUUUUUUUCACCUAUUUUGGCUGCACCUUUUGACUUCUAGUUUAGUUAUAGUUAGGGAUAGACAAAAACAUAUGGCAUUGAUGGAUUCAGGUGAUUUUAUGCUCUCCACAGAUUUAUAACUUGCACAAUGUACAGAUGCAUUAGAAUUGUUUUUUUUUUUUUUUUUUUUCCAAAAGCUUAGUCUAAAAAGCUAGCAUUUGACAAUAUGGAUAGGUUGUGACAUUUGGGGGCAUAUUUGCUCUUUAACUGAGCUGUGUUCAUUUAAUCUGAAAAUGACUAUAUGACUGACCUGUCGAGUUUCCUCUGAGUACAUAGAUUUAUGGCAUGUUGGGGUUGCUAUGAUCUGAUUUUUUUAUGGGUGCAGUGGGCGUGGCAGUGGGUGGGAUCUGUACCACUGUGGGUAAAAAAAAAAAAAUUACUUACUGAGACAAAGUUGCUCAAAAAUGAGAGAGUUGUAUGCACUGGAUUUUAAUAUGCUGCUGGACAAACUGCUUUAAAACUGUAGCAUCAAUGAAAGGUUCUAAGAGUAAAACAAUAAUAAAAGUCUUAUUUUGUGGGAU